UCCAUUUUCUACUUUUCGGGCGUAGUUUUUUUAAACUUGUGGGAAGAGAUGUCAUCCGCUCCGUCUCCUAGUGCUACUCCGUCGCCUCCUCCUCCGCCGCCUACGGCCGAUCCUCCCACAACUCCCGAAACGCCUCCUCCGCCGCCUACCGCCGAUCCUCCCACAACUCCCGAAACGCCUCCUCCGCCACCGCCUACCGCCAUUCCUCCUACAACUCCUGUGACGCCUUCUCCUCCGCCGCCACUCACCGAUUUGACGCCUUCUCCUCCGCCACCGUCUCCCGACACUCCAACACCUUUGACCCCUUCUCCGCCGCCGCCGCCGCCGCCAUCCACUGAUCCAACGUCUCCGCCUCCGCCUUCUCCCUUGAAGCCUUCUCCUCCUUCACCUCCGUUUCCUCCUCCGCCUGGGCCGGUAACUCGGAGCCCUCCACCUCCACCGAGUCCAUCAGGGGGAGGAUCUACUAGAACUCCAUCUAUCCCUCCACCGCCUCCGUCUUCCUCUCCAGGAGGAUUAUCAAGGGGAGUGGUGGUUGGAAUCGCCAUCGGAGGAGUAGCUCUACUUGUAGCAUUGACUUUGAUUGUUUUCUUGUGUAAGAAGAAACGACGAAAGGAUGAAGAAUCACCUCCUGGUCCCAAUGGCCCUUACGGUGCACAGAAGCAACAAAAUGCAUCACAACCAUCAGAUCACGGGGUGACGUCACUGCAACAACCAAACCCUCCGUCUGGUCCACAACGUCCGCGGGGUUUCAUGAGCAGCAGCAGCAGUGGUGGCUACGACUCAAACUACUCGGAUAAUGCAGUUCAUCCUCCACCAUCUCAAGGGCUUGCACUAGGCACCUAUCAAGGCACUUUCACUUACGAGGAGCUAGCUAGAGCCACCAACGGUUUCUCUGAGUCCAAUUGGUUGGGUCAAGGCGGGUUCGGAUAUGUCUACAGAGGUAUAUUGCGCAAUGGAAAAGAAAUUGCUGUGAAACAACUGAAAGCUGGGAGUUCUCAGGGGGAGAGAGAGUUUCAGGCAGAGGUAGGGAUCAUUAGCCGAGUUCACCAUAGGAAUUUGGUUGCUCUUGUUGGUUAUUGCAUCGCGGAUGAUCAAAGGUUACUUGUCUAUGAGUUUGUUCCGAACAACACUCUCGAGUUUCACCUCCAUGGGAAGGGACGGCCUCCUAUAUGGAGCUCAAGAUUGAAGAUUGCUGUUGGUUCUGCCAAAGGAUUAUCGUAUCUUCAUGAAAAUUGCAAUCCAAAAAUCAUCCACCGUGAUAUCAAAGCGGCAAACAUAUUGCUUGAUUUCAAGUUUGAAGCUAAGGUUGCUGAUUUUGGACUUGCCAAGAUUGCUUUGGAUACAAAUACUCAUGUAUCUACACGUGUGAUGGGAACAUUUGGGUAUUUGGCUCCUGAAUAUGCUGCUAGUGGAAAGCUCACAGAAAAGUCUGACGUUUUCUCAUUUGGUGUUGUACUUUUGGAGCUAAUAACCGGUCGUCGCCCUGUUGAUGUAAACAAUGCCUAUGAAGAUAACAGCUUAGUUGAUUGGGCACGCCCAUUGCUUACAAGAGCUCUUGAGGAAAACAACUUUGAAGCUUUGGUUGAUCCAAAGCUGAAUAAUGAGUAUGAUAGAGAAGAGAUGGCUCGCAUGGUUGUUUGUGCUGCAAGUUGUGUUCGCCAUUCAGCUCGUCGCAGACCUCGCAUGGACCAGGUCACGCGUGUUCUAGAAGGAAACAUAUCAGCGUCAGAUUUGAACCAAGGGAUCAAACCGGGUGACAGCAAUGUGUAUAGCUCUUAUGGAGGAAGCACAGAUUAUGAUAUGAGCGAGGACAAUGAAGGCAUCAACAAGUUAAGGAGAAAGGCAGUUGGGACUCAAGAGUACAGUGAAAGCAGUGAGUAUAGCAAUCCAACUAGUGAGUACGAUUUGUACUCGACCGGUUGGAGCACUGAGGGUCGGACCACACGGGAAAUGGAGACAAGCACUAUUAAAAAAAACGGUUAAGGUUACGGUGGGGACUGAUCACACUCUCUUUACGAGGACAUGAUUAUUCUGAUUUUUUUUUUAACUGGAAAUGUAUUAAGGCAUUCAAUUGUUAACUGAGUUCCAAACAAAACAUACA